AUGUAUAUUCUUCGAAAUAUUCUUAUAGUUUCAAUAGUGUCAAAUUUGUGUAAUGGUCAACAACCUGCAGAUUCAGAAGCUAAUGCUAGAACAAUAGAAACUCUUAGUUAUAUAUCAGGAUUACCAAUGCAAAAUAAAUAUCUUUCUGGUCAAUUCACUGGAGUUAGUGGUAUUACUUUUAAUAUGAGUAAAAUAAAUGCAAUCGCAAGUUUGACUGGUCAUGUUCCAGCAAUAAUUGGAUGUGAUUAUUGCAAUGAAUGGGAUCAAGCAAUACCACCACAAACACUUAUUAAUUAUUCAUGUAAUUCAUUUUUAAAAGAUCAUUCGAAUAGCGGAGGAUUCAUUGAAAUUAAUACACAUUAUUCAAACCCCGUAUCACCUAACGGAGGAAAUAUAAGAAAUCGUUUAAAUUUAACUUUUACAGAAUUAUUAAAUGUGUCAACAGAAACUGGUAAACGAUGGCAAUCCUAUCUUGAUAUUGUUGCUGCAGGUUUAAAUGAUUUACAGCAAUCCAAUGUUACAGUUUUAUACCGAUUAUUCCAUGAAAUGAAUGGAGGAUGGUUUUGGUGGGGAAAACAGGAUCCAUCACUAUUUAAACAAGUUUGGAUAUCCGUAUUUGAUUAUUUUACUACGGAAAAAGGUUUACAUAAUAUUUUAUGGGUAUAUGCACCAGAUCAAGGUGCUGGAAAUCCAUCAAUCUAUUAUCCUGGUGAUAAUUAUGUUGAUAUUGUUGCACUUGAUGUUUAUACUAAUAAUCCUAGUUUAAUGAAUGGAUAUUAUGAAAUGAUUCAAUUAAAUAAACCAUUUGGUUUAAGUGAAAUUGGUCCACUUAAUGCCAAUGGAAAUUUUGAUUAUGGACUAUGGCCAAUUGCAAUACAAAAUCAAUUUAAUUUGACAACAUAUUUUUAUGCAUGGGAUGGGCGAUGGGCACCUACGGCAAACAGAAAUACUUAUGACCUAUUUACUAAUACUCAUGUUAUUAAUCGGGAUCAAAUUUAA